GUGUGUCCAAAGAUGGACGGGAACGAGGCGAGAUGUUGGAAAAAAUAAGAACAAUUCGCCGAAACUCAAGAAAAGCCAUGAGAAUGCGUUCAACUUCACCUCCAGUUCAUGUGCAUGUCAAUGACUCUACACCGGUACAUGUCCAUGUGAAGAGCCAACGGACAAGUCCUGCCAGGACGCCUCAGGGGAAGGUCAAGAGUGAUAGAGGAAACCUGCGUCCUACAGCUAAGGUCAAAACACGAGUGCCAUGGAUCCCACCAGGAAAGGCCUCCACCCGGGAUGCAACAUACAAAUGGGAGGGGCCAACUCACCGCCUCGAGAUCACUCCACUCCCUGAGCCCGAGCCUUCCCAGCCUGCACUGCGGUUGUCUGACCUUUCAUCCGAGGAAGAGGAGGCGCUGCAUGGACGAAUUAACCAGUACGAGAGGAAGAUUGACAGCUUAUUGACUGAGGUCAGCUCACUGAAGAGUGAGGUGGAGCUCCGAAGGAAGGAGCAGCUGCUGGAGCGCCAGUCGGAGCAGCUCAGCGUCUCCCAGCGGGUCAUCGCCGAGCAGGAGGAGGAGCUGGCUGAGGUAACCAAGGAGCUGGAAGUGACUGAACGUGAAAAUGCACUCUUACGCCAGUCCAUGGAAAAGAUGCUGGAGGAGACCGACUACAACAGGCUGGAAGGAGACUGCGUGCAAAACAAGGACGCACUGCUCAGGAAACUGAUGGAGGCCGAGAUGGAUGGGGCAGCCGCUGCCAAGCAAGUGUCUGCCCUGCGCGAUUCUGUUUCCAAAAUGGGAAGCACUGGUGGCAGUAGGCUGUCUGGCUCCGAGUCUUCCAUCCUCGCCCGUCAGAAGGAGCUGUUGCUGCAGAAACUGGAGACGUUUGAGGCCACAAACCAAGCUCUUCGCCACCUUCUCCGAGAACAACAUGGAUGCCAGAUGGAGUCAGUACGGUUGGCAGAACAAAAAGACACAUUACUGAAGAGACUGACAGACACAGAGGCAGAAAAUGCGCAUCUUGUGGUGAAAGUUCAAGAGAAAGAGAGAGAAGUUAAUCAACUCACCAAACUUCUAGAUACAGAGAAGGAAAAUGCCAAGGCUACAGGUGACUUGUCCAAGUCUCUGGAGUCAACAAGGGCCCAUUUGCAAGGACAGCUUCGUAGCAAAGAAGCUGACAACAACCGCCUCGCUGUGCAGAUCAAGAAUCUGGAGCGAGCAGCCAACCAGCAAAGGGGCGAGAUGGAGCAUCUCACAGAGCAGCUGACGAGGUUGAAACAGCAGGCCAAUGCAGACCGGGAGGCUCUGAAACAAGCUACGCGAUCCCAGAAACGACGAGCUGAGCGUAGUGAGGACACUGCAGGCCAGCUCAGUGCCCAGCUGCUGGACUCGGAGAAGCAAGUGGCAGAUGCCCUGUCAGCAGUUGAGAAUUGGCGAACACGUCACGCCCAAGAAGUAAAAGAAAAGAGUCAACAGGAAAUUGAACUGUCAGUCUUAAAGAGCCGUGUAGCAGAGCUCAGCGAACAGCUGAAAAGUACAGAGAACAAAGGCCGAGCAGAGAGAGAAGCCCUGCUGAACCACCUGCAUGAGCUGACCACAGAAAGCACCUCUGCUAAACUGGACAACCAGACUCUGAAGGCCUCACUUUCUACAGUUGAGGAGAAACUGACCUUGUCCCAGACAGAGCUACAGCAAGUCAAAGCCACUGUCAAGCAAUAUGAAAACCUGCUGGACAGCUAUAAGAUCCAGGUUGGCAAGACCCGAGCCGAGGCAGACGAGUACUGUACUAGGCUGGGUCAGGCUGAGCGGGAGGCACAGGUGGCACGAGGGGAGCUUGAGCAGGAGAUAGAAGAGGUCCGCAGGGAGCUGCUGGGGAGGCUGGCAGAACUUGAGCCUCUUCCUGAAGCCCUGCGACGCUCUGAACUCGAGCUAAAGGAGGCUCAGGAGAGGGUGCACAGUCAGGACAGACGCAGCAUGGAGCUCAGCACAACCCUGACCGAUUUUCGCAUGAAGAUCGAGACCCAAGGCAGCCAGAUGGAACUGCUGAGGCAGAAGAACAUGGUGCUGAUGGAGGAGAACAAACAGCUUCAAAACCGGGUGGAGAGUUUGGAGAGAAAGCUGAAGGAGGCUGGCAGUCAGAAUAGUGACCUGCUGGCAGUCAUCACCAAACGAGAAGAAACCAUCCACAGCAACCAGCUUCGUCUGGAGGAAAAAACAAGGGAAUGUACACUGCUGAACCGCAAGCUGGAGGAGGCUCUUGAUGAUGCUCGCCAACAGGUUUCUGAGACCAGGGAACGUGCUGCAACCAAAGAACGCACCACCCAGUCCAAGAUAUUGGAUCUAGAGACACAUCUUAGCAGGACUACCUCAGAGAUCAACCAACUGCGACGCAGCAAAGAGGAGGUGGAGCGUCGGUACCAGAGUCGACUGCAGGACGUGAAGGAUCGCCUGGAGCAGUCAGACAGCACCAACCGAAGCCUGCAGAACUACGUCCAGUUCCUCAAAGCAUCCUAUGCCAAUGUGUUUGGAGACUUACCCCUCAGCAGCUCAGUCCGGGCCCCCUCACCCAUCUGACGACCUGUCAGUCACCGGUCCAAAGAUUCCUCUCACAGCUUAAACAAAUUUGUGCAGCUGCAGAGCAGCUGUAGCUGUAUAGGUAUGCACAAAUAUAUACAAACAAUUCAAAGUUUCUCACACACACACACACACACACACACACACACACACACACACACACACACACACACACACACACAGACAGCGCUUCAGUUGGUAUCCAUUGUUGGAUACCAAGUCUAUUCUAAUUUUAUUAUCCUCCGCUUUUUACCUCUUCAUUCAUGUGUAUUGAAUUCACAAAGCGACCCUUGAAAAGAUGUUUUAGCCACAAUAUGAACAAGUUUGAGAUGUGACUCAAAUAAGGAAGCCAUGGUCUAAUACGUUUGAAACAUUGGCUGCAGAAUUUUCUUAAUAUGACCAUUUGAAUUAGAAAGUCGAUACGAAACUGGAAGAUCUGCAUGCAGCAAUAAACAGUGCUACCAGUGAACCUGAGUAGCAGUGUUGGUAAAUAUGGGUUACCUAGAGUUUACAAGCUCAGUCCAACAGCUGUGUGCUGCCACCAUAUUCCAUAUUUUUUUUCCAAAUUUUCCAACACUGCAAGUAGACAGCAGCCUCUGUAAAUGCACAUGCACAUAGCCUGUCCAUGUCGUUGCAGGGUAAGAACUAAUGUGGUUGCAUGUCUACCGGUCUGACUUUAUGUUUUGUUGCAUUCCAAAUUUACAAUUGUUUAUUCCACAAUAUGUUGUUAAAAGAAGUUAUGAGAAAACAAAAGUGAAUAUAAUGAGUGAUGGUCGGAGAUCUUUGUGUAACUUUGAUGGUGUCUUGAAAUUUUUGAGUUUGAAUGUUCUCUUGAGAAAUGUCUAUCUGGGUCUUGGCUUAAGUCUGCUUUUCACAUGCCAAAAUGAAUGAACAUUGCACAUUUUUAUUCUUUAUCAAGCCUCCAAUAUCAGUUAUGUUUUAACCUCCACCAAGCAAGACAAAAUGUAUGUUGUUCUUCAUCAGAAUCACACCACACAAUCAUCCUGUUACAUAUAAAAAUAUUGUUAUUUUAAAACCAUGUGGCCAACCCAUCCAUGAAACAUUAUGUUUUUUAAUGUGUCUUGUUUUUCAUCUUUUGAAUUGAGGACAGUGGUGCUCCGGUUGCCCUUGGAUUAGUACAGUUUUUUUGUGGUUUACUGUCAUAUCAGUGUUAAAUUACAAUAUAACAUACAUCACAAACUUAAGUUUUGUUGCCUAUGUCUCUUCCUGGAUUGCUUCACAGAGCAUAUUUAUGAAUAACUGAAUAAUUUAUAUCUUCUAUGGAUUACUUUUGUAGCUGCAAUAAAUCUAA